ACACAUUUCUUCUUCAUUUUUUCCAUUCUUUUCAAAAGAAACAGAAGCAGAAGAUAUCGAUGACAAAGCAUCCAGCAUAAGCGCCAAGGAGACAUUCCCUCCCUUUCUGUAAAACCCCCCCAACCCAAAAUGCCGCAGUCCCUCCAUCUCCUCCCUUCCACCUUCCCACUCUCUAUCUCCCCUCACAACCCCUCUCUUUCACUCUCUUUCCACAAACCCACUUCUUUAUCCACUCUUUCAUACCACUCUAAAUGGCUUCCCCGCAGGUUGCUGGCCGUGGCAGAAGAAGCCACCAUUGGCGCAGCCCAGGAAGAGGGUCCAAUUGAGUUGCCACAAUCUUCCACCUCAAUCUUUGCCACCAGCGAUGACCCUACACCAUUACAGAUUUCAACCAGUGUUCUGCUCACCGGUGCUAUCACUGUCUUUCUCUUUCGCUCUAUCAGACGCCGUGCUAAGCGUGCUAAGGAACUGAAAUUUAGGUCUUCAGGGGCAGAGAAAUCAUUGAAGGAGGAGGCACUGGACAGCUUGAAAGCAAUGGCGUCAGCUCCAAUUGAUGCUAAGUCUCGACCUUCACCAGUUCAAGCAUUGUUGGGUAGCUUAGCUGCUGGUGUCAUUGCACUUAUUCUUUAUAAGUUCACCACCACUAUUGAGGCGGCGUUGAACCGCCAGGCAAUUUCUGAUAAUUUCUCGGUUCGUCAGAUAACAAUAACAAUAAGGACUAUUGUGAAUGGAUUGUGCUACCUUGCAACAUUUGUUUUUGGCAUCAACUCUGUUGGUUUGUUCCUUUAUUCUGGCCAGCUUGCUAUCAAUUCCCUCAUGGAAGGUUCUGCAACUAAAGAAACUGAAAGUAAAGCCAAAGAGAACUUAGGCUCAUCAGUGGUUGAGAGUCCCAUAGAUGACACUGAAUUGACCAGAAGCAAGGACGAUCAAAGUUCAGAUGAUAAACAAUAAUGGUAGAGAUAACUAAAACUAAAGCAGAGGAAAUAGCUUUCUGUUCUUUAACUUAUAUGUAUUUUGUAAAAGGAGCUUAUCGUUUUUGACAGUAUAAUGCUCUUUAAUUCUCAAUUAUCCUCCUUAUGUUGAUAUAUAUGCAUUCAAUGCUUCUUGUACUAGGAGGUAAUCCCACUACUUCUUGUUCAU